UGUCAUUUUGAUGUCAAUUUAAAAUGAAUCGACUGAGAUUUAUGUUUAUUGUUUCAACAAUUGCGUCUGUGAUCACAAAUGUCGCAGUAAUUGCUUUUGAAAUUUACGAAAUUGUGUUGGACCAAAAGGUACAACAAAAAAAGCAACAUGAAGAAGGUCAGUCUAUUGUGGUAACUCACUUAUUUAUCUCCCUCUCAAUGCAAUUUUGCUGCAACGCUAUUAUCUUGAUUCAUAUCUUCUAUAUAGCCUAUUACGUCCUUCGAAGCACCAGAUACAACUGGCAACUCAGUUGCCACUAUUUCACCUACAUCGUGCUAGAAAUUGUUUCAGUGGUCUGUGUUAUUGGUAAAUACAGUUAUUUGAAAUAUCCCUUGGCAUUGCACCUUCUAACGGGAGUUUUAUUCGUUAUGCUUUUCUUUUUUAAUUGCUGGGCGGUCGAACUUUUCGAAAACUUGGAAUAUAAGAUUCGAGAACAAAAAGAAGCGAAGAAAUUAAUAGUGAAACAAGGAGGAAAAGUACAAAAAACUCCUUGUGUUAGGAUUCCUUUACAUGGAGGUAAUGUGAAUACGGGCGCAGGACCCAGCAAGACACCUCCAAAGCCUUAAUUUUGUUUUUUUUUGUUGCAAAAUGUGAUUCCAAGAAAUAGGUUUUUUGUAAUGCAUUUUUUUAGUACUACAAUGAUUUAAAUAGCAA